AUGUCGAGCCAUUCAACAAUAGCAGUUAGUUCUGUUGCUAGCUCAUCAAGACAUAGUACUGCAAGUGCUUUGAGCACUUCCGGCAGCCAAUAUUUCGGCAAGGAAACCUCCCAUCGGUCGAUCCACAGUACUACUCAAACACCAGUUCAAUCCUUGUCAAAGGCCUCUUUAGGGUCUGAAACAUCCACUGCAGAAUUAUCCACUUUUACUACUUCCACGACUGUAUACAAAGAAUGGACCGGCACCUUCACAAGCACUUAUUCCACCCAAGUAUCUACAAUGGUGGAGAGAACAAGUGAAGGUCCAGACGGCAAAGUAACUAUAGAAAUUAUUUAUUACGUUGAAACCCCAUUAACGCGUGAAGCUUCAUCUACUGCAACUACCAACCCUAGCUCUGCUUCUUUGCCAAGGAUCAGCAACAUUGCAACGAUUUCUAAUGAAAGAACUACAAUGGUUACAGUCACUUCUUGUAAUUCUCACUUCUGUACCGAAACAGUCUCGCCAGCUAUUAUUUCAACUGUCACCACCAAUGUUAAAAACAUUGUUACGGAAUAUACUACCUGGUGUCCAAUCUCCGCAACAGCCGCGUUGGAGCAAACUACAGAGGAAACAAUGACUUCAUCGGUAUUUGAUGCCUACUCCAAGUCUGUUUCUGCUGCCGUCGCAUCUACUGCCGCCCUUACAAAUGGCAACGAUGCUAUCACCAAGGGUACCAUAGGGCACCCAAUUGCCACUGAGACAACAGUUGUUCCAAGUUCUAGGGCAAGUGACAGUGAAGAUGCUGUGGUAUCAGGAUCUACCAAAACUGCAAUUCCUAAUAGCAGCACUUCCAUAAUUGCAGAAGUUAGUACACGCAGCGCUAUAGCCCUUGGUAGUGAUGUCUCUUCAACAUCAACGGUCAUUAAAGUUACAAGUGGCGCUGCUAUAAUUCCAGAACCUGCUACAUCACAGACUAACUUUCAAACUCACAUAACAACCUACUUCACCACCAACUCACAACAACCUCAAGUUUCUUCUUCAAGAAGUUCUUCGAACACUGUUUCUUUGCAAUUGUCAAGCUAUGCUGGUAUUGCCAACAAUUUGAUAUCCCAUAGCGCUUGGAGUGUUUUUAUUGCUUCCAUAUUGCUCGCAAUUGUUUAA